AUGGUGUUUGCGUUUUGGAAGGUCUUUCUGAUCCUAAACUGCCUUGUAGGUCAAGUUAAUGUGGUGCAAGUGACCAUCCCAAACCGUGUCGUGAAUGUGACUGUUGGCUAUAAUGUCACUCUCAUCUGCACCUACACCAGCACUGUGGCCUCCAGGGACAAUCUUUCCAUCCAGUGGUCAUUAUCCAAUAAGAAGGAGUCACGGCCAAUCUCUCACAGCCCGUGCCUCAAUACUGAGGGUAUGGAGGAAAAGGCAGUCAGUCAGUGUCUAAAAAUGGCGCAUGCAAGAGACGCUCGGGGAAGAUGUAGCUGGACCUCUCAGAUUUACUAUUAUGAAGGUGGACAAGCUGCAUCCAUUGGACGAUUUAAAGAUCGAAUUGUCGCAUCCCAUGAGCCAGAUAAUGCAUCCAUCACUAUUUUGCACAUGCAACCAGCAGAUAGUGGCACCUACAACUGCGAUGUUAACAACCCUCCAGAUUUUAGUGGCAACAAUCAAGGCAUUCUCAGAGUCAAUGUGUUAGUCGAACCUUCUAAGCCCUUUUGCAGCAUCCAAGGAAUAGCAGAAACUGGCCAACCAAUAUCUCUUUCUUGCCAUUCGGUGCUUGGAAUGCCUUCCCCUGUGUACCACUGGUAUAAACUUGAAGGAAAAGACAUAAUUCCAGUGAAAAAAAGCUUUAACCCAGCCACCGGGACUUUGGUUUUUGGAAAUCUGACUAAUUUUGAACAAGGUUAUUACAAGUGCACUGCAAUCAACAACCUUGGCAAUAGUUCCUGUGAAAUCGAUCUAACUAUUUCACAUCCAGAAGUUGGAAUCAUUGUUGGGGCCUUGGUGGGCACCCUAGUAGGUGCUGCCAUUAUCACCUUUGCUGUGUGCUUCGCAAGGAGCAAGGCAAAGGGAAAGGGGAAGGAAAGGAAGAGAAAUUCUAAAACUACCACAGAACUUGAACCAAUGACAACGACAAACAGAGUUACAGAGUUCGAGACAAUGCCAUCUGAAGAUGUUAUUCAACUGGAAGCAACACCAACUUCCUUCCCUGAGACUGAACCCGAUACUAUCCAGGGGGCAUAUCGUGGUCCUAUCACCAUUCCUGAGUCUUCUCUGGAGCCUGCUCCAGGACCUAAGCCUGCCCCGGUGCCUGAGCUUGAGAUCCAGCUGGAACCCAAGCCUGAAUGUGAGCCCGAACCUGAGCUAGAGCCAGAGCCCAGGAUUGCAAUUGAAACCUUGUAUGAUGAGGAAAAACCAGAAUAA